AUGCAUCUGCCUUGGGCUGCGAGGUCACUGUUCGCUGUGGCGACGGUGGCCUUCCAGGCCGUCAGCGCACACAACAUUGUGCUGCCCGCCCACGGCAUCGAGUGCUUCCACGAGAGCCUGCAUCGCGACGACAAGAUGACUGUCACCUUCCAGACUGGUGAUCGGGAAUUUGGCAGCGCUGGCAAUCUCGAUGUCGACUUUUGGAUGCUGAACCCCAGCGGUGGCUACGAGGUCAACGAGAGAAGUGUCUCUACCGGCGACCACUCCUUCACUGCCCACACCGACGGCAAAUACACAUACUGCUUCGGCAAUCAGCACUGGGGAGCAAACACCAAGGAGGUUUCCUUCAACGUCCACGGUGUCGUCUAUGUCAGCGAAUCCGAAAUGCCAUCUGACCCUAUUGAAGCCGAAGGUACUACUAUACAAGACAGUCUCUUGAUUGACUUUCAUCCCAUUCAGGCUACAGCAAAGCUAACGAUGCCAUCCGCAGUCCGCAAACUGUCCGAUCUCCUUGCCCAAGUCAAGGACGAACAACAAUACAUUAUCAUGCGGGAGCGGACCCACCGCAACACCGCCGAGAGCACCAACGCCCGUGUCAAGUGGUGGAACCUGUUUGUCAUUGGAGUCGUCCUCGGCGAGUCUCUGUUCCAGGUCUGGUGGUUGCGCCGCUUCUUCGAGGUCAAGCGUGUCGUAUAA